AUGUGCUUUAAACUAUUGGCAUAUAUUUGGACUGGUUCAGCUUCAAUGCUAUCAGAGGGAAUACAUUCUCUAGCUGAUGUAGCCAAUCAGUGUCUAUUAUUAUAUGGAAUAUUUUACUCCCUUAGGCAGCCUUCGCCUGAUCAUCCCUAUGGAUUUUCUCGUGCACGCUACGUUUAUGCUCUCAUAAGUGGAGUGGGUAUCUUUUGUGUGGGCGCCGGCGUUAAUAUAUAUCAUGGAAUCUCGUUACUUAUGAAUCCUCAUCAGCUUGAGUCAUUGCUUGUGGCAUAUUCUAUACUCGCCGGCUCAUUCGUAGUAGAAGGAGCCACACUUAUGGCUGCCAUCACUCAAGUUAGGAAAAAUGCAACUGAGACUGGUUUAACCUUCAAGGAAUAUGUUUUAAAAGGACGCGAUCCAAAUGUGGUAGCAGUAUUAUUAGAAGAUGGUAUAGCAGUGGCUGGUGUUUCGUUAGCAGGAAUUUGUCUUGCCCUGGCAUCGUUAACCGGAAAUCCAUUAUACGAUGCAGCAGGAUCUAUCGCUGUUGGAGGUAUGCUAGGCGUGAUGGCUCUAUUCCUUAUACAACGUAAUGGUGAUGCUUUGGUAGGCAGAUCUAUCCCGUAUAAUCGCCUUCGACAAAUAGUGGAGCUAAUAGAAAAUGACGUUAUGAUAAGAUCGAUUCAUGAUGUUAAAGCAACGGAAUUGGGUGCGGAUACCGUUAGAUUUAAAGCGGAAAUCAAUUUCGAUGGUCGUGAAGUUACAAGGUCCUACGCUAAUAAUAUAGACUUGGAGGAGCUACUUGUUCGCGUAAAGGAAAUAAAAACUGUUGAAGAAUUAAAUGAGUUUAUAUUGCAUCACGGUGAACGUAUCAUUGAUGUAUUGGGUGUUGAAGUUGAUCGAAUUGAGAAAAACAUUAAGAAAGCAUCUCCUGAAGUCCGACAUGUGGAUUUAGAAAUUCUAUAA